UGCCGAACCGCCCGCCCGCCGCCCCGUUCGGCGCUCGUCAGUCGGCUAGAGUCCGGUGUUGGGUGCGGAGCCUGAAGUCAUUCCCGCGGCCUUCUUUUCCUCCCCUUUUCCUUCACCCUCUCCAUCCCACAUCCGUCUCUCUCAUUCCGGCUCCGUCAACCCUUCUGUCCCCCACACGCAGGACAAGAAUGCCCUGCCCGGAACAACCCAGCAGCACCUAGAUGGCUUUGGUCACGGUCCAGCGGUCGCCGACCCCCAGCACCACCUCCAGCCCCUGCGCCUCGGAGGCAGACAGUGGGGAAGAAGAAUGCCGGUCACAGCCCAGGAGCAUCAGCGAGAGCUUUUUAACUGUCAAAGGUGCUGCACUUUUUCUACCACGGGGAAAUGGCUCAUCCACACCAAGAGUCAGCCACAGACGCAACAAGCAUGCAGGCGAUCUCCAACAGCAUCUCCAAGCAAUGUUCAUAUUACUCCGCCCAGAAGACAACAUCAGGCUGGCUGUAAGACUAGAAAGCACUUACCAGAAUCGAACACGCUAUAUGGUAGUAGUUUCAACUAAUGGUAGACAAGACACUGAAGAAAGCAUUGUCCUAGGAAUGGAUUUCUCUUCUAAUGACAGUAGCACUUGUACCAUGGGCUUAGUCCUUCCCCUUUGGAGUGACACCCUAAUUCACUUGGAUGGUGAUGGUGGUUUCAGCGUAUCAACAGAUAACAGAGUUCACAUAUUCAAACCUGUAUCUGUGCAGGCAAUGUGGUCUGCACUACAAAGUUUACACAAGGCUUGUGAAGUGGCCAGAAUGCAUAACUAUUACCCAGGAAGCCUGUUUCUCACCUGGGUGAGUUACUAUGAGAGCCAUAUCAACUCAGAUCAAUCCUCAGUCAAUGAAUGGAAUGCUAUGCAAGAUGUGCAGUCCCAUCGGCCAGACUCUCCAGCUCUCUUCACAGAUAUACCAACUGAACGUGAGCGAACAGAAAGGCUAAUUAAAUCCAAAUUAAGGGAGAUCAUGAUGCAGAAAGAUUUGGAGAAUAUCACAUCCAAAGAGAUACGAACAGAGUUGGAAAUGCAAAUGGUUUGCAAUUUGAGAGAAUUCAAAGAAUUUAUUGAUAAUGAAAUGAUAGUGAUCCUUGGUCAGAUGGAUAGUCCUACACAGAUAUUUGAGCAUGUGUUCCUGGGAUCAGAAUGGAAUGCCUCCAACUUGGAGGAUCUACAGAACCGAGGGGUGCGGUAUAUUUUGAAUGUCACUCGAGAGAUAGAUAACUUCUUCCCAGGAGUCUUUGAGUAUCAUAACAUCCGGGUAUAUGAUGAAGAGGCAACUGAUCUCCUGGCUUACUGGAAUGAUACUUACAAAUUCAUCUCUAAAGCAAAGAAACAUGGAUCUAAAUGCCUUGUGCACUGCAAGAUGGGAGUGAGUCGCUCAGCCUCCACUGUGAUUGCUUAUGCAAUGAAGGAGUAUGGCUGGAAUUUGGACAGAGCCUAUGACUAUGUGAAGGAAAGACGAACGGUGACCAAGCCCAACCCCAGCUUCAUGAGGCAACUGGAAGAGUAUCAGGGGAUCUUGCUGGCAAGCAAACAGCGGCAUAACAAGCUCUGGAGAUCCCAUUCAGAUAGCGACCUCUCAGACCACCAUGAACCCAUCUGCAAACCUGGGCUGGAACUCAACAAGAAGGAGAUCACCACCUCAGCAGACCAGAUUGCAGAGGUGAAAACCUUGGAGAAUCACCCAUCCAUACCUCCUGUCUUUGUGGAACAUGUGGUCCCACAAGAUGCAAAUCAGAAAGGCCUGUGUACCAAAGAAAGAAUGAUCUGCUUGGAGUUCACUUCUAGGGAAUUUCAUGCUGGACAGAUUGAAGAUGAAUUAAACUUAAAUGACAUCAAUGGAUGCUCAUCAGGAUGUUGUCUCAGUGAAUCAAAAUUCCCUCUUGACAACUGCCAUGCAUCCAAAGCCUUAAUCCAACCUGGACAGGCCCCAGAAAUGGUCAACAAGUUCCCAGACUUAACAGUGGAAGAUUUGGAGACAGAUGCACUGAAAGCAGACAUGAACGUCCACUUACUGCCGAUGGAAGAGUUGACAUCUCGACUUAAAGACCUCCCCAUGUCCCCUGAUCCUGAGUCACCUAGCCCCCAAACCAGUUGCCAGGCUGAAAUCUCAGAUUUCAGUACAGAUCGCAUUGAUUUUUUUAGUGCCCUGGAGAAGUUUGUAGAACUCUCUCAAGAAACCCGGUCUCGAUCUUUUUCUCACUCAAGGAUGGAGGAGCUUAGUGGAGGCAGGAGUGAAGGCUGUCGGCUGUCAAUGGUAGAAGUAGUCCCUUCUGAAGUGACUGCUGAUGACCAGAAAAGCAGCUCUUUGAGUAAUACUCCCCAUGUGUCUGAAGAAUCUUCAGUGGAUGAGGAACAGUCAAAGGCAAUCUCAGAACUGGUCAGCCCAGAUAUCUUCAUGCAAUCUCACUCAGAAAAUGCAAUUUCAGUCAAAGAAAUUGUCACCGAAAUUGAGUCUAUCAGUCAAGGAGUUGGACAGAUUCCACUGAAAGGAGGAGACAUCCUGUCCAACCCAUGCCAUACACCAAAGAAGAACACCAUCCAUGAGCUUGAGAGAGCCCAGAGCCCUGAAAACAAGCCUGGACAUGUGGAGCAGGAUGAGAGUUACUACACAGCCCAGCCUGGACUAGACAAAGACUCAGGGAAGUACAACCCAGAAGGCUGCCUAACCAUACACUCAGCCAUGGCAGACUUGGAAGAAGAGAACCUAGCUGAAGGGGAACAUGAACUCUGGGGCCCAGGGAUGCAUCCUGGUGCCAAAUGGUGCCCUGGAUCUGUGAGGAGAGCCACCCUAGAGUUUGAAGAGCGCUUACGACAGGAGCAGGAGCACCAUGGUACUAGCCCUGUGUGUACCUCAUUGUCCACUCGCAAGAAUUCUAAAAAUGAUUCUUCUAUGGCAGACCUAGCACCGAAAGGGAAAAAUGAUGAAGUCAUCUCAGAAUACUCAUUUGCCCCUAAGGAACGAGAGAUGAGCAAGGGCAAAGGGAAAUGCGGUGGGUCUGAAGCUAGCUCACUAUCCCAUUGUGAACAUAAUGCCAUUGUUCCAACUCCCCAGCUUCCCGAGUAUCACCCCUUCCCUUCUACUCAAGAGUUCCCAGGGUCAGAUACUAGAACAAAACAGGAUGGAGUCCUGAAGGAGCACAGGACUGUGAUUUCUCACCAAGCAUCUGAAACACAAGCCAUCCCUAUGCCCCUUCCAAAAAGGAUAGAAAUCAUUGAGUAUACCCACACAGUUACAUCACUUGAUCAUACAGGGCUAGGGGGUGAAAUAGCCUCCAGAGAAGAAGAGGAGGAGCAAGGACUAAGGAAAGUGAAGGUAGAGAAGUCAAUCACUAUGCUCUGUGCCCUGGAUGAAAAUCUGAACAGAACUUUAGACCCCAACCAGGUUUCUCUGCACUCCCAAUUGCUACCUCUGCCUCAUUUUUCCUCUCCUGAGUAUGACAGGCCCACUGACUUGACCUUCAUGCCGAGAAGCCCUGAAGAUCCGGACAAUAGCCCAUCUACAACCUUAGAGACAAUAGCACCUUUUGUCAGUCAUACAACCCACAUACCACCUGCCAGCGUGGAUUACCUGCAUCCCCAGACCAUGGUUCACCUGGAAGGCUGCACAGAACAAAGCAGCACCACAGACAGUGAGCCCUCUGCAGAGCAGCUUAACUGGCAAGAAAGCCAAAGGAGCCCUGCCUCCAGUGGCAAUGAAAUGCUACACAGGGGCUCCCAGUCAAGUAGUGAAGAUCUAAGUUUAAUUAGCAAACUCAGUGACAAUGUUGGGGAGUUACAGAAAAAACUGGAUUCAUCACUUAUAGUCUGUCACCUCCCACAUAGCCCUAGUGAAAAUGUAAAGGGUCUCAGCCACAUCCCUGGUGUGGUGAAGGAGCGUGCUAAAGAAAUUGAAUCUAGAGUGGUUUUCCAGACAGGGCUAACCAAACCAUCCCAAAUGAGGCGCUCAGCCUCCCUCGCCAAGUUAGGUUACCUGGACCUUUGUAAAGACUGCUUACCAGAGAGAGAGCCCCUCUCCUCUGAAUCCACUCAUCUCAAACUGCUUCAGCCCUUCAUCAGAACAGACUCAGGCAUGCAUGCCAUAGAGGCCCAGGAGCCACCAGAAAACCCAGGUGCCCCUCAGAACCCAGAGCCUACCAAGUAUUUUGUAGAGCAACUCAGAACAUCAGAGUGUAUUGCACAGAGCAAGCCAGUGGAGAGGCCCCUUGUGCAGUAUGCCAAAGAAUUUGGUUACAGUCAGCAGUGUUUGCUCCCCAGGGCAGGGCCAGAAUUGACUAAUUCCGAAGGAGGCCUUCCUUUGCUCCAGACCCAGGAACUGCAGUGCGCAGGCUCAGCUCCAGGGCUGGCCGUGGCACCCCGUCAGCAACAUGGCAGAACUCACCCCCUUAGGAGACUGAAAAGGGCAAAUGAUAAAAAACGGACAACCAACCCCUUCUAUAACACCAUGUGAUUCUGAGCCUAUACAUGUGAUUUUCUAAGAAAAAUGUUUGUAAAAGGGGCAGGUGUAAUAUGUAAGGAACAUGCACUUUAUUGGUUAAUUUUAUAAUAUUUCUGUCAUUUUACUGUUCCUGGCACAUGCAGGGUUUGGGUUUUUCUGUGUGUGUGUGUGUGUGUGUGUGUGUGUGUGUGUGUGUGUGUGUGUGUGUGUAGAGAGAGAGAGAGAGAGACAGAUUGACUUAGAUGGCAAGACCGUUAUCACUCUUCAUUUUUAAAAAAUUCAAACCUCAAAAAAAAACAUUUUUCAAAGAACACCUUUAUCAAAGGCAAAUUGCUGUUUUUCAAUCAACUGCCACCUGCUCUUCAUUUUGCCCUCUGAGAAAAAGCAUGCUUGAUUUUAAUUUUAUUGAGGGAAGAAAGCAGAUGGGAAGGGUGGCACUGAAGCUGAGAAAUGGAAAUGUUCCCCAAGCCUGAGGCAUUGAAUGGGCUGAAGGGUAACUGGGAAGUCGGUGUUCUCAGCCUUCAUCUCCAGGCCUUGCUCUGGGACUUCUUAAAAUGGGAAGGUUCCACUUUGCUUCUUUUAGACAGGGUCUUACUGUGUAGCUCAGGCUAGCCUCCACCUCCCAAGUACUGGUAUUACAGGCAUGCUCCACCAGCCCUGGCUCUACUUUGCUUGCUUCUGGUGUUCUAGAGUCUGUCAUUACAGAAAGGCAAAAUAAUGUGGCUGCUUUUAUAAAUUUAUCAAGCAUAUACUUUUUUCCCCCAAGAAAAAAAUUAAAAGGAACCUCAAUUGAAACCUGACAGAUCGGCUGCUACCCAAUACUUGCUGAGUUGCAGGAUGCACACAGGUGGUCAUCUAUCCGACUUUGCUGACAUGUGACUUGCAGCAGCCUCCAACUAAAACACAGGGGGACUGGUUUGGAAAACAGCAAUCAAAAGUUCAAGUGUUCUUGUACAAAGGCUAACUAUGUAGGGUUUUAACCCUUCCAUUACUUGAAUAAUUCUGUAGGUCUUCUGAGUUUAUGGCCACAUUUUUCCCAAUUUAUUUUCCUCCCCCUUGCUGUUUGCCCAUCCUGCCCAUUUUUUUAAUUUCAUGGGUUAUAUUUGAAUUGUUACAUUAUAUAUUAUAACCUCCAUUGAAUGCAAAGUUUUCUACAUUCUCACUGUUAACACUUGACGUAAUUUUUUUUUGAUAUGGUUUUUUUCCUUUUCCUGGAAAGUUUGUCAUUUCACUAAAGUUUAUACACAGUAUUUAUGUAUAUAAUGUCACUUUCUUAAUGUUUUGCUGUUGAUAUUGUGGGCCCUUUUUUUUUUUUUUUGUAAGAAGGACUUGCACCUGGAAAACACACAGAAACACCAGAAAUAAAACUGAUAGUUGUUGGUAGGAAUCUGCACAGCAUAUUGAUGGCAGUUUUAAUUGUUUAAAGAGACUUCUAACCUCCAGCUCCAUUCCCAUUAGAUCACAGCAUAGCUGAAGACUGAUUUGUGUUUGAGAUGUCAUUUGCCAGUAUCUGAAGCACAGCCAGGGAGGUGUGUACGUGUGCGUGUGCAUGCAUUUUUGUGCACGCACGCGUGCUCCCUAGGGUAGAAGCUCCUAAUGAAGACUGAGAGGCCACUGAGGAGUCCUCAGCCAAGAGUAAACACCCAUAAUGAGUCCACUUAGGAUACCUUUGCUUUGCUGCUGUUGUGAAGAUCCUUAACACAGGAGCGCCUGCCAUAAGCAAGCCACUUUGAGCUGCUUACAGAAAACAAAUUUAGCCUGGAAUGAAACUCCCAACAUAGCUCAUCAAAACUGAAGAGGUUGCAAAUUUGCUUCCUGUCUUCUUUGGUUGAUGUCCACAUUGUUGAGGAUUGGCUGAGUACAAAUGUGAGACUUAGCCUUUUGAUUCAUCAUAGCAAUGAGAGAAAAAGAUGGAUGUAUAGACUGUCAACGUGAUGUCAGAGGCCAGGGUUUGGAGUGCAAAUAGGUAGGAUACAGAAAAAAAGUGGACCCAGGCCACCUUUUAAAGCAAGUGUUUCAGAGCAAAUGGAUCCAUUUACCAUAUAGAAUCUAUAAGGGUCUGAUAUCACUUCCAGGAGGCAGGUUGGACAGGAACCCCUGCUAAAAAGUGUAUGGUCGCGUAGUCAUGUGUCCCUGUGCCGUCCUUUCAGUAGUUUCCUUAAAUAUCGGUGCGUUGUGGUUGCUGGAUAUUCAUGUGUUGUUAAGGUUUUUGUUAGGUGAUUUAUACCAGUUCAAGUAGACUUGUGAGACAGAGUGAUCAAUUCCAGGGCUCAUCCAUCUAAAGCAUGCUGUCUUGUGGAGGAACUCCCACUACCAGUUUGUUGGAAAAAGGACAAGAAAGUAUGGCAGGGAUGGGAAGGAAAGGAUUUGAAUGGCGGUUGAGUGGCAUCAGUGUCCCACACAUUAAAAAACUACAAGCAGUAUCAACAACAGGACACUAUUCCCUCUUCUCACCUUCCAGUGUUUAAUGCUCAUACAGUAGAGACUGGGAGGAAACCCCCUAAUGCUGUGAGGAAAAAAUUUAAAACCCAAGCUACUCUUUUAAAGAAUGGAAGAAAGUCUUGCUCUGCCUGCCUUUUUUAUUAUUCCAUUUUUUUUUACCAUUUAACUUACCUGCCUAAAUAAACAUCUUUACAGAGUUUAUGAUCCAGCCAUGCCAAGGGGUCUUGCCAGCCUCUAACCACCCACAUUUGGGUGUUCAUGAGUGAUGUACAUAGCUGAGUAAAUGUCGAGGAUAAGUGCAUAUAAUGAACUGCAUAAAGGACUUUGCAGUCUCUCCAAAGUUUUUUUAUAAUUUCAGGUGGUCUGUUUCUCUCUUCUGUUCAUGAAAAGGCCAUCAGGUUUGGCAAAUUAACAGUGCUGAGCAGGAAAACUUUGACCUCUUGUCUAGUGUUUGUCCUCUUGCUCAGGACUUCUUUUUCUUUCUUUUUUUUUAAAUCACUAUAGUAUCUCAGUAACUUGGGGGGAAUGUUUGUGUGUGCAUGCUUGCACAACUGGACACGUGCAUACAAAAGUUGUGACAUUUCAGUGCAUGGGGUAAAAGCCCCAGAGCACAUGGAUUAGAGUUGUACUUGGAUGGUUACCUGAUCAGUAGGAGAGAAACCCCAUUGCAUCUUAAUUUUCAGAAACACUUAGCAGUAGUGUGUACUAUAGUAGACACCUAGUACUGUUGUAAGGUAGUGAUCAUCUCUCCCCCUUUUAGUUGCCAUUCAAAUUCUAUCUAAACAUGUUUUGGGAUCAUUCCUAACAUCUCAGCCUUAGCAAGCUCUUUAAUGUUUUCCUCAUUCUGUACCUUUGUCCCAAAUGGUAUUUCCUCAUUUGGGAAACUAACAAGAACUCCAGGGACAGCCUGAGGAUUACAGCCUGGGCUCUGAGGUCCCCUCCUGCUCAUGGGCCCCAAUUUUUGGGUAAACCUGAAAUUUUUUCAGUUAUGAAGUGAUCUAGUUGAGUAAAGAUGUUUUGUGGAAGUAACUGUUGGGUUUUGGGGUUUUUAUUUUCCUAAGAAAGCAUUAUGCAAAGAGUCAAUUUUAAGGGCAUUUUCAAAUAAAGCCAUUUUUGGCUUUUUCAGACAAUUUAUUGAUACUUUGUUUACAUUGUGAGUAUUAAAAUAUGCAUCAUCUCAUUGGCCACUCAGUCCUCCAGGCACCCAGGCCCUGACUGUCCUGUGAGUCCUCACUCAGAGCAAUGCCAUAAUGUCAGCCCUUGUGGAUAAGUGGGUAAAGCCUGGAGCUGACUACCAUCUGUAUCCUGUAUCUCAUCCAACAGUCAUAACUUCCUAAGUGGUGGUGUGUCUUAAUAGUGAUGGUCAAAAUGGUGAAUGGGUAGUAUGUUUUGUUUAAUUUUGCUUUUUUGAUGGUGGACAAGAUGAAAUUUAGUUUUCAGCAUCAUCCAACUUCAUUGUGGACUUUUUCCCUUCUGAACUACAAGAUCAAAGCAUGUAUUAGACAUAAGUGUAUUUGUGGCCUCAACUCAUCCAACAUACCUGUAUUAGGAAAAGGCCUGCUUCCAAAGAUGGAAGCUGCACACUCCUUCCUCCCAGUGAUUGAGGUCCCUUGACGCCAUGCUGAGCUGUUGCAAGGUGCUUCUGUAUUUUUUUUCAGCCUGGAAGUGGAGGAUAGCUGGGCCUAGCUUCAGCUAUGAAAAGAGAACCAGCCUCAUCUUCUCAAUGCCCCAGAGAUCUAGGAAAGGAUUUCUAAACUGGAAUCAUCCUUAUCAGCUUGAAGAUUCUCCCAAGAGGUAUAGGACUGGUACUGCCAUCGUGUCCUCAAGAGAUGCUGGUGGCCGCGUCCUGUGUAUGCAUGCAGAGUUGUACCCAGUGCUUAACUCAAGCUGACGACCCAAACUGAAAACUGGGGAACUGACCCUGAAAUGCCUCCUAAUCAAUAAGCCCACCUGGAAUUGUUUGGGUUUUAUGCUUUGUUGGCUUUUGAUUUGCUUGGCAUAGCUAAAGGUGCCUUUUCUUUUUUCUUUUAUUUUUUUAACUUUACUUUGUAGGACUUGUUCUAAACAUGAAAAACAAGUCCAGAAGACUCUCCCACUGACUGUUACCUUUGCCCCCCAAGCUACCCAAACUUUUAUGCUCACAUUUUAUUAACUAAAGCAGGUGCUCCCUGGAAUCUCUGGGGCCUUUUCGAGGCAUUUGAAGCAGAAUAUAGAGUGGUCUCAUCUCCUUCCUUAAUCUUCCUGGUGGUUGGGAUGUUCCACUUGUAUCAUAGAGUUUUUUUAUUACUGAUGUGCUCCGCUGUUUUUAAAUGUGAACUUGUGCGCAAAUGUGCAGAUUCAAUGUUCUUGUUACAGACUGAAUAAAUUUUUAUUUUGAA